GUUCUUCCACUGCAAUUUUCCAGACAAUCUGGUCAGCACCCAACGACUUCGUGUGCAGGAGCAAGUUCGGCAAUUAUGAAGCACCUGUGUUCAAGAUCCAUGCCUGUGCCUGGUGCUACUACUUCAUCACACAGUCGCGGGACGUGUUUGUCCAUCCCACAAUGCAUGCGCUCGUGUUUCGCAAGAACCAAACUCUCCUUCCUCCGUAUGUCAUCCUAGUGGCCGACGCUGACAAUCGCACCAUGGCCGAUAACAUCUGCAAAACAACAAAUGCCG